AUGUCCUGCUGCACCGGGAGCAAGAAUGACGAGGGUGCCGAGCCGAUGCGGGUGCGAGGAUGCACGGACGUCAUUUGGCUCUGCCUCUUCAUAGCAUUUUGGUUUCUCAUGAUUUUAGUCGCUGCUUUUGCGAUAGUCUAUGGUAAUCCCCUAAGACUUAUAAAUGGAUACGAUAGUUUUGGGAACACAUGCGGUGUGAAGAAUAAUCCGAAGUUCGGCAGUAUGGAGCUUUCUGGACAGGACACCAGUGACAAGCCAUACUUAUUCUUUCUGGAUAUAUAUAACGUUACGCAGUCGUUGAAGAUUUGUGUAAAGCAAUGUCCCGAUAGAAUGUUGCGAACAAUGAAGGAUAUCUGUACCUUUUACAAGGAGACGGGAUCGCAAUUGUGCCAUGAUAGACCGGGUGGUGAUUUCAGCGCGUGUAACAGCGAGAGCAGCAAAUUUAAAAACGGAUCGUGCCCUGAGCGACCGGUUUAUCCCAGCACACCUGUCCUAAAUCGAUGUAUUCCUAAGGCGAUAAAGGAAGUCAGCGAAGUGAUAAUCUCAAAUUUAUAUGGUUUAAUCAACUCGUGGGAUGUUAUCGAACAGGUUUUGGGCGACCUGUGUAAAACCUGGAGACAAAUUCUGACGCUGUCUUUUCUCGCCUGUGUUUUGUCGCUCUUUACAAUAGCCAUCUUUCAUUUAUUGGCAAAUAUUGUUACAUGGAUUAUAAUCGUCCUUGUAAGCAUUGCUAGUACAGUUGGUACAAUUCUUUUAUGGAUGACAUAUGUUGAUAUUAAAAAAACCUUGGACAAAACUGAUCCAAAUCAACUUCUCGAAGAAGCUGUCAGAAAUGAAAGAGCAUUUCUCGCAUUUUCUAUUAUUGCUACUAUCAUCACUAUUAUUUUAUUGUUUCUUUCAUGCAUAUUACGUAAACGCAUCAGUUUUAUGGCGGCACUAUUCAAAGAAAGUGCAAAAUGCUUGAGAGAAUUACCUGGCUUAUUUUUUCAACCGAUCUUAACAUUUAUAGCUUUGAUGCUGUUCUUUGCCUUUUGGGUAUUUGUGAUUCUUUGUCUUGCAACAGCUAAUUAUCCCGAGACGAAAUCAGUGCAAAUGUAUAAGAACACUAUAUUUGAUUCUGUAAAUUUGAGCUCAAUUGGUGAAAACGCUCCAUUAGUCGAGGAGAAAAAGAUAGAUUUUUCUAUAGAGUCUUUUAAAACUUUUACUCUUGUGGAAUACGUUGAUGCAACUUGGGUGAAAUAUAUGUGGUGGGUGUAUCUUAUAGGACUGAUAUGGACGUCGGAAUUUAUUGUUGGAUGUCAAGUUAUGGUAAUAUCAGGUUCUGUUGCUCACUGGUACUUUAGAGGUAAGAACGCCAGCUCGUUUCCAGUAUGUUCAUCUAUAGGACACUUAGUCUGCUAUCAUAUGGGCUCUGUAGCAUGUGGAUCACUCUUGAUAACCAUUUUUAAAUUACCUAGAUUGAUUUUAACAUACCUUCAUGCUAAAUUUGAAAAGACUAAGGAAACAUCUCCAUGUGCUCAGUGUGGUUUAAAAUGUUGCAUUUGCUGUUUCUACUGUUUGGAAAAAUUCAUUCGAUAUAUGAAUCAUAAUGCAUAUACUGUUGUUGCUAUAGAGGGUACUCACUUUUGCAAUGCAGCCAGGAUAGCUUUUACAACGCUCGUUAGUAAUGCUCUUCAAAUAGCAGUGAUCAAUGGAUUUGGCGACUUUAUAUUAUUCCUGGGAAAGUGUUUUGUUACAGCCGCGACCGGCAGCGUCGGAUUGCUUUUUAUGAGAGAAAAUCCUGAGCUACAUUUCUAUGCUAUUCCAGUUCUUAUUGUUUGUGUUUUUUCAUUCUUCAUUGCUCAUUGUAUAAUUUCCCUUUAUGAGACCGUUAUCGACACGCUAUUCUUAUGUAUAUGCGAAGAUAAGAAUUUAAACGGUGAAAAUGGAAAGUGGCGUCAAUCUGCAUUAGCACAAAUCGGAACCUCUAGCAGCAAUGCAAACGGACAACAAUCUCACGAAAUGACACCAAUGAACGAAUAAGUAUUUGUUACUUUAGAUGUUUUUUUUAUACACAUCUUUUGUACACAUCUUUUUUACAUGAUGGAAUACUUUCGCAUUUUAUCACUUAUAUAUCUAAUAGAACUAAUAAGAAUACAUUCCUUUCUAUGUUCACGCAUAUGAUAUUUGCAUUGCUAUACGAAUAACUUUAUAGAUAUUUAUCUUGAGAAUUAUUCUUAUAAUGAUUAGAGAUACAAAUCAUGUCAAGAUAUGAUCGUUCAUAACACAUUUUUAAUUUAUGACAAUAUAUGUGUGAAUAACAAUAUCUGGAUUUCCCAUGACAAUCAUUAAAAUCUUGAGGAUUUUAUACUUAAAAAAAAUCCCUCAUUUUAAAACAAAAAUUUGUAUAUGAAAAUGUCAAAAUAUGAUAGUUCUAGAUUAAUAUAUUAUAAUAAAUAAUAAAUUAUAAUAAUUUUUAAAUUAAAAAUGUUUUGAACACAGUUAUAAAGAUAUGAAACUAUUUAUUUUCAUAUGAUAGCUGUGUAAUGUACCUGAAUGUACCAUGAAUUUUAAAUAAUCAAAUUACGGUCAACCUUGAACAUUUUUAAUUUAAAAAUUUAUCUCGAUAUUUUGAUAUUAUAAAGUUUAUUCAAAAUGAUCACAGAAAUUUGUCAUUAAUGGUUGUCACAGAAAGUCGAACAUACUGUAUGUAUAUCUAAUGCUCACAAUAUGCUCACAAAAACGAGGUCUGUAUAUCUAAUAUUUUAGACUGAUUAUGUAACUUCAUAAUCAAAUUAUGAUUAAUAUCAAUUUAUUCUUUUUAUUUUAGUUCGAUGUUUAAAUAUGAACGCUCAUUUCUUAAACUACUGGUCUUCUUUUUUGUGAUAAAUUAUUUCCAGAUUUUAUUGAAUCAUUGUUAUAUUUUUCAUUUCAAGCAUAUCUUUAGAUAAACUUGAUUGAUAUAUAAAAAUCUGCUGAUUGCAAACAAUUUGUAAUUUGAUGAAACAGAAAAACGAAUUGCGCUUGUAAAAUGAUAACGAUGAAUCGUCAAUUAAUUGCUCAUUUUGAAAUCUGCUAUUUCACGCCAAUUCUUAAUUUAACUGCCAGAGUUUGAAAAAUAUUUUGUAAUAUUUGCUAGAAUCACAUUAAAAAAUAGAUUAAACUAUUUUGUUUUAUAAGAAUUUUUCACGGAAUAGAUGUUUUACUCAAUAUUAUCUAAUUGACGGAUAAAGCAUAGAUUAGAUUUAUAUUUUUUAUAUCAAAGUUGUGCCAUUGCACAAACCGAGAACUCAACCGUGUUUAAGGAUAUUUUUGUUAUGUAAUAAGGAGAUACAAGUAUUAAUAUAUCUUUAGAUUUGAGUACAUAGAAAAAUCAAGUGUUGCUGUUAUAAAAUACAAUUAUUGCUUAUAAAAGAAUAUACAUUAUGAUGCAGCAAAGUGCAAUUAUGUGUAGUUAAACAAAUUUCUAUGUGCAAAA